ACGAUUGGUCCGUUCGGCUGCAAUAUCUGCUUGCUGACCAAAACGGGCGAUUCCAGUUGCCAGUUUCCGUACGACAUUCGAGCUGGUUAGAGGUAUUACAGCGCAUGAAACGUAUACGAGCGUUCAAACGAAAGUGAAGACGGAACGGCGCUUACGACAAAGUGGCAAAGCAGUGUAAAUAACUUCAUUAUGAGCAUCGUGCAAUCUUCUGAAUAGUAAAAAAAAAUCUUAAGUUGAGCUUAAAAAUACUGACUUAAAAUAUAAAAAUAAGUAAUAAAUACACAUACCUGUUCACCGAGUUGCAUACAUUAAUUCUAACCAAAAAGAAGAGUCAUUCCAAUUGCUGCAAGUUAUGAUCACGCACUGUUUUCUUAGUCAUGGCCUCGCGCAUGAAUCUUACUCAUAUUGCGGGCUCAUGCGGGUCGCGUAAAUUUUUCUAAUUUUACACCAACAAACAACCAACAAACAACGUUUCCUUGUGCGCGCAAUCAAUUCUACAACCGUCGUCAGCCGUCGUGGUCCAGCCAAUCCAAUUAGCAUCCAAAUGCACAACAUAACGCCGUCAUUCGACACCCAAAUAAACGCCAAACUGCGAAACUGUGAAAUCUAAAGCGUUUAACAAUUUUCCAUUCGCUUAGAAAUGUGAGUGGUUUAGUGUGAAAACGACAAAUUCUUAUCGUUAUAUAUAUUUUUUAUAAACAUACAUUCAUAAAUAAAAAAAUAUAUGAUUUCUUUAGCAAUAAGAAAGUGCACAUUCACACAAAAAUACAAACGCGUAAAUUUAUUUUGCUAAAAGUGCCCAUGUGCUGUGGUAGUUGUCGUAAAUUUGUAGUGUGAUGAUGCGAUUGCCAGACGCACACACAAAAACUCUACGAAGAAAUGUGGAAAAAUCGUAACAAGUUCUUAAUAUUUUUGCUUUGGAUCAUGGAAAUAAGAUUAGUAUCCAGUUUCACGUCAGCCAUACUUUGUUCCCGCAUACCAGGCCUUACACCCCAACAACGGCAGCUGUGCAGCGAAUCGCCGGAUGCACUAAUCGCCUUGGGUGAGGGUCACCAGAUGGGCGCUUAUGAGUGUCAGUAUCAGUUUCGCGGCCACCGUUGGAAUUGCUCACAAGUGUGGCAAGAAGGUGUUUUCGCGCACGUCAUGUUUGUCGGCUCCCGUGAGGCGGCUUUCACCUACGCCAUCGCCAGCGCCGGAGCUGCGCACUCAGUGACGGCAGCUUGCGCGCGUGGCAAUAUUUCGUUAUGUGGCUGCGACAUGCGCCACAAGCCCACCAGUGCGCGACGUGCCGGCGGCGACUUCGACGCCAGCGAUCUGCAAUCGGACACGCAGCCAUGGAAGUGGGGCGGCUGUUCGGCGGAUGUCGAUUUCGGCAUGAAAUUCGCACGCAAGUUUCUCGAUGCACGCGAAAUCGAAGGCGAUGCGCGCACGCUGAUGAAUCUGCAUAAUAAUCGCGCCGGUCGGAAGCUAGUUAAGAAUCUGCUGAGGACGGAGUGCAAGUGCCACGGCGUGAGCGGCUCUUGUGUGAUGAAGACGUGUUGGAAGAGCCUGCCAACGUUUCGGCAGAUCGGCGAAGUCCUAAUGCGUAAAUACAAUAAAGCCAAACACGUGCAAGCCAUCAAAGGCAAACAUGGACUGAAAUUAGUAUUAAGCAAGAAGAAUCGCUUCGGUAAGCAGGUUCAUGUGCCGAAGCGUAUGGAGCUCGUUUAUCUCCAAGCUUCGCCGAAUUAUUGCGAACGCAAUGUGCAAUUGGGUACGCUCGGCACGGCAGGGCGCUUUUGCAAUCGUACCUCGAAUGGACCUGAAAGCUGUGAUCUAUUGUGCUGUGGGCGUGGCUACAAUACGCGUCAGGUGCGGCGCGGUAAUCGGUGUCGUUGUCGGGUGAACUGUUGCUAUAAUGUGACGUGUGAUGUGUGCGAGGAGAGCUACGAGGAGUUCACGUGUAAAUAAUUAUGAAUUAAGCAAAUCCAAAUUAAGCAAAUUAAUUAGUUUUUGUAGAAAAAAGUGUUACGUAAUUAAAGCCAACGUUCGAUGCUGAAUAAGUGUCUUAUUUAUAAUUAUUUUUUAUAUUUUUUUACCUUUGUAAGACAUUCGCUAUA